AAACACUCCAACUUCUAGCCAUAUGGUCUCUCCACUCCGCCGGCCCAAGAUACCGGGGACAGCAAUCUAUGGAUGACAUGGCUGCCUACUAUCCCCCUCCUCACUACCCCUACUACCAACCACCCCCUCCUCCGCAACCGCCCACGGUGGCGCUCCCUCCGCCUCCUCCUCCUCCUCCUCCUCCCCCAGGGACAGCACCACCGCUGCACUACCUCUCUUACCAACACCCACCUCUGGCCUCCUAUGCUUCUUUUCUGGAACAUCCUUCCCAUAACGAGGUCCGGACUCUCUUCAUCGCGGGUCUACCCGAAGACGUGAAAGCCCGUGAGGUUUACAAUCUCUUCCGCGAGUUCCCUGGUUAUGAAUCCUCCCAUCUCCGUAGCCCCACCUCCGGUCAAAAAUCUCAGCCAUUUGCAUUUGCAGUGUUCUCCAAUCAACAGUCCGCAAUCGAUGCAAUGCAAGCAAUGAAUGGAAUGGUGUUUGAUCUUGAGAAAGGAUCAACACUAUAUAUUGAUCUUGCAAAAGCUAAUUCCAGAUCAAAGCGUUCAAGAACAGAUGAUGAAUGGCCUGGGUCAGAUAAGAAACUUAGAGGAACGUUUUCAAGUGUUACUCUUGAUCCUGGAUUUGGCAGCACUCACUUGCCUGGAAUGGGUAAUUCUGCUUACAACAUGAUUGGUUAUCCACCUACACAAAGCAGUCCUGGAAAUAUUGAUGCCAGAGUUGCAAAUGAGACAACUGCUGUGAAAUCGAACAACUCUUCAGCGUCCAAUCCGUGUCCAACACUUUUUGUGGCUAAUCUAGGGCCAAAUUGUACAGAGCAGGAGCUAAUUCAAUUAUUUUCAAGAUGUCCUGGGUUUUUGAAAUUAAAGAUGCAGAGCACAUAUGGCUCACCAGUUGCAUUUGUUGAUUUUCAGGUACUGAAUAUCUGCCUCUUUUUUCUGUGCUGUUUAUUGUUGUUUGCCUAUUUUUCUUUCCUUUUUUUGUUUCCUCACUUGAGAGAGCCUGGACAAUGAUCUUUCUAGCUUAUGCAAUUUUAUUGUUUGUUGACCAAAUUAAUGCUAGCUAAUAUAUUCCAGUUUAUUGUUGUUUGCCUAUCUUUCUUUCCUUUUUUUGUUUACUCACUUGAGAGAGCCUGGAAAAUGAUCUUUGUAGGUUAUGCAAUUUUAUUGUUUGUUGACCAAAUUAAUGCUAGCUAAUAUAUUUCAGUUUAGGGGGGAAAAGAAUCUCAUAUGGGAAAAAACUAAAACAGAAAUUGGUUGAGUUACCCUCUCAAAAAUGGAGGUUUCAAGUUUAAAUCCUACCGCCAUGAGGCACCAUCAAUUAUCAAAGGCUAAUUGGGUAUGUUUGGAUAGUCUCUGUGGUGCUGCUAUAUAGCAAAGUGAAACUUACCCCUUCAGUUUUAGGACUAUAUUUAACUGCACAUUGGAACCCUUCACCACCCAUAAAAGUGGUUGCAUUCACAGAUGACUCAUGACUGAAAUCUUACGUCUCCCAGAGUAUUGCUCUCACAUUUACAGUUCGUGCUCGAAGAUGAGAAACUUGUUGGAAUGACUCUUGCUUUGUGUUUUUAUGGUGGUUAUCUAGUGAUUGUUGUUCUCGCAGCAUUCCUCCAUUUAAAGAUUUAGGCCUCAAUAUAAUUCGCCAAGCAAA